CGCCGAGGGCGAUUGGGGUUUCCCACCUUACACACAAAUAUUCCCAAUAAUUUAGCGACAGCCUCCUUCUUUGGCAAUCUUCCCAGAUCUUCUCAGCAUCCUCCAGCAAAUUUCCUUUGCGAUCAAACCCACGCACAUCCCUCACAAUGUCUAACGCUGAGCUGGCCACGUCGUACGCGGCGCUUAUCCUCGCCGACGACGGCAUUGAGAUCACGGCCGACAAGAUCUCGACCAUUAUCAAGGCCGCCAACGUUACCGAUGUCGAGCCCAUCUGGGCCCAGCUGUUCGCCAAGGCGCUCGAGGGCAAGGACGUGAAGGACCUGCUUUCCAACGUCGGCUCGGGUGGCGGUGCCGCCCCUGCCGCCGGUGGUGCCGCCGCUGCCGGUGGCGCCGCCGCCGAGGAGGCCAAGGAGGAGGAGAAGGAGGAAGAGAAGGAGGAGUCCGACGAGGACAUGGGCUUCGGUCUCUUCGACUAAACG